UUGGACUUGCAGAGUUUAUGGUAGACCUUGAGAACCCUAAAUCUUCUUCCCAGAAAUGAACCCAAACAGCAAGGAAUUAUUAAACAACCUGAGUGAAAUGGAGGGUUUCAACCCAAAUUUUCAUAGAAACAUGCCUUUGUACAAUGAAGGGUUUUCUGAUCAUCAACCUCGACUAAUUCCCCCAACUUUGAAUGAGGAAUUUUCAAGAACCAUUCAUCCUUUGGUCCACUUUCCGGUAUAUGAUCCGGAAGUGCUUAAUUUCUUUCCGUCAGAUGGAAGUUUAAGCCAUGGAUGCAAAAACAUAAACGUCGGACCGGAAUCUGAUAUACUGCUUAAGUAUUCACCAUCAGUAUCUGGAACUGGUUCAGUCGGAGCUAACAAGUCCAGCAAAAAUUAUGUAAAUUAUGGUGGCAAGAAAAGAAAGAGAAUUGAUGGGACUGACUCUCAGAAACCUAGGGAAGUUGUUCAUGUCAGAGCAAAGAGAGGGCAAGCUACUGAUAGCCACAGUUUGGCUGAAAGGUUACGAAGGGAGAAGAUAAAUGAAAGGCUGAGAUGCUUGCAAGACCUUGUUCCAGGGUGUUACAAGACAAUGGGGAUGGCUGUGAUGUUGGAAGUGAUCAUAAAUUAUGUCAGAUCACUGCAAAAUCAAAUUGAUUUUCUUUCAAUGAAACUAUCAGCAGCAAGUCUAUUCUACGAUUUCAACUCAUCUGAGGCAGAAGUUGUCGAAACAAUGCAGCAGGGAACAACUGGAUAUGAUGCACAAGGGAUGGAGAAACUUGUAGGAGAAGGUUAUGGAGGUCCACUCCAGUCCCAAGCCUUUUGGCCUUUUCUAUCUUAGUUUCUAUUGUAUCAUAUGCUUGUCCAAUGUAUACAUACACUUAUCUAUAUCGUCAUCCUCAAUAAAAGAUACUUGAUUAUGCCUUAUAAUGCAGAAUUCAUGAAUAACAAACGUCGACCUCUUCGUGUACUAA